AUGGGAGAUUCUGCCGAAAUACCAUCGCGAGAGCGAGUAGUGCCGGGUUCAUACAACGUCCCGUUCGGUGAAUUCCCCAAGUCCAUGUCAGAAUCCCCGUCGCUGGAGGUAGACAGCAUUGCGGACGGAAUCAUUGAGCAACUGAACAAAGGCCUGGCAGCCAGGGACAAGGCAGCGGUUUCAUCACUUUUCCUAGACAAUUGCUAUUGGCGCGACCACCUGUGCUAUUCGUGGGACUACCAUACUCGCGAGGGGCCUCAAGCCGUCUCUGCUUUCGUCACGGAGGCGCCACCUAGCAAAAUUGAGAUUGACCGAUCAUCUCCCUUCAAGUCACCGCAUAAAGGUGCUAUUGAUGGGUUUGGUGAUGUCCUCGGCAUUGAGUUCUUUUUCAAGGUCACCACCGAGAAUGGGCACGGAAACGGUGUAAUGCGAUUGGCAGAGGAUGAUGGGAACUGGAAGAUCUUCACCGUCUUCACUUCUUUGGUUGACCUGAAAGGACACGAGGAAAAGAAGGAAAGGCCGUUUGGUGUCCGGCAUGGCGAGCAGCAAGGCAGAAAGAACUGGAAAGAUCGACGUACCGAUGAAAUCAACUUUGUAGACAAGGACCCGGCGGUUCUGAUAGUUGGUGCUGGUCAGGGUGGCUUGGUUGCCGCUGCACGCCUCAAGAUGCUUAAGGUCGAUACUCUCAUCAUCGACAGAGAAACGAGAGUCGGAGAUAACUGGCGCCAGCGAUAUCACCAGCUCGUCCUCCACGACCCAGUGUGGUACGAUCAUAUGCCCUACCUACCUUUCCCGCCCGACUGGCCAGUAUACACACCAAAGGAUAAGCUGGCAGAUUUCUUCGAGACCUACGUCAAAUUCCGAGAACUCAACGUUUGGACCCAGACUGAGAUCAAAUCAUCUUCUUGGGAUGAAGGCAAGAAGGAAUGGACAGUUGUUCUCGAGCGCCAGACCGAGAACGGAACUGAGACGCGCACCCUGCACCCACGCCACGUCAUUCAAGCUACCGGUCACUCUGGCAAGAAGAAUUUGCCCACUUUCGAGGGAAUGGAAAACUUCAAGGGAGAUCGCAUGUGCCACAGCUCAGAAUUCUCGGGCGCGAAUUCCGAGUCAAAGGGUAAAAAGGCGGUUGUCGUUGGAUCUUGUAACUCAGCCCACGAUAUUUCCCAAGACUUCGUCGAAAAAGGAUACGAUGUCACCAUGGUGCAACGAAGCUCUACAUGUGUAUUGAGCUCUGACAGCACCCUGAAAAUCAGCUUCAAAGGGCUUUAUGAUGAGACCGGUCCCCCAACCGAAGACGCCGAUCUUUAUCUGUGGAGUAUCCCAACGCACCCUCGAAGGGCUGAAAAAGUCGGCUUCAAGGUCGACAAUGGACCAUCAGAGAGUGGUCUUUUGAUGAAGUAUUUCCAGCGCGGAGGUGGAUAUUACAUUGACGUCGGCGGCAGUCAGCUUAUCAUCGAUGGAAAGGUGAAGGUGAAGCAGGGUCAGGAGAUCAGCGAGAUUCUUCCCCAUGGACUCCGAUUUGCAGAUGGCACGGAGCUUCCCGCCGAUGAAAUUGUGUUUGCGACUGGAUACCAGAACAUGAGGACCGAGACUCGGGUGAUUUUCGGCGACGAAGUUGCUGAUCGCGUGGGCGAUAUCUGGGGCCUUGACCAGGAAGGUGAAAUGCGGACUAUCUGGCGCCGAAGUGGCCACCCUGGAUUCUGGUUCAUGGGUGGAAACUUGGCUCUCAGCAGAUACUACUCGCGUCUGCUGGCAUUGCAGAUCAAAGCCGUCGAAGAAGGGAUGAACACCUGGUAG